CCAUCUCCAGCAGAAAACACUGUUCACAAACUGCUCCCAACAGCUCUAUUGUAGUGAAGCCUUUUCUUCGUGACGAGCUGACGUCAGCUCGUAACAGAAGUUAUAAAGCUCGCCUAGCUGCUAAGCUCCCCUCCCCACCACCACCACUAAUUCAAGUUUGUUAGACCCAGAGCGGCUGGAGAGUUGAGAGUCUCGGUCAUGUCCAGGAGACGCUGUAUUCGUCAGUGCACGGGGAAAUUUCCUUUUUUUCGUCUUCCGAAAGACGAUGAAUUUAAGAGUCAGUGGUUAAAAUUUGUUUUUGGCACUAUUCCCCAGGACUACAACCCCAACCUUGUGUUGUGUUCUGUCCAUUUUACGGAGGACUGCUUCCUGAACCUGCAACAGUUCAAUUCAGGAUUUUCAAACCGUUUAAUUCUGAAAGACCGUGCAGUUCCGACUCUGUCUGGCCAUCCUGGAGAUUCAGAACCACAACCUAGUACAUCACAGCAGCACCUCGAAACCCUACACCUUUCCACUACAUUCCAUGACAUAGGAUGCCAGACCGAACCACCACAAAAUAUGUCAGUGGGCAUACAGUCCAGUGCUCCAAAAAUGAGAACAGUCGGCACACAGCUAUCCAUGGGUACGCUGAGGGCUUCCAUGAGAAGCAAAGGCACCCAGGCAAUGGUGCCCUGUGUUAGUGUUUACACUGAGACCACUUCAAGCUCCCCAGAAUUCACCCCGAUGUCUUCAACACCAAUAAGACCCAAAGAUUACAGACCUCGCAAGAGACCUCGUCUUGAGUUGGAGGAGGAGGAAGAGGGAGACACCUCAACAGAGUUGCAAGCUGAGCCACAAGACUCAACAUAUAUCCCUGGUGACUGUUCUAACGGAUGAAUCUGCCAUGUCGUCUGAGCCAGUGUCUACUUAUAAGGAUGAUAAGUACAUUGUUUUUGAAAGUUGCCUAAGGGAGCUUUUUCAAAGCUGUCCUGUAUGCAAGAGGCAGUGUGACGUUCAGCGCCGAAAAAUGGGAACGUAUGUGUCAUUCACACAGCUCUGCCCACACUGCAACUAUUCAAGACAGUGGCAGAGUCGGCCUGUUGUAGGAAGUACAACCUACACCUGUCAGCAACCUACACCUGUCAGCGGCAACAUAUUUCACCGGUUCAUCCUUCAUCCAACUGGAAAAGAUAUGCAAGGCCAUGAAUCUUCAGAUUUUCCAAUAUGACACCUUCAGGAGGCAUGCUAGGAGUUUUCUGGAGCCAGCCAUAAUCCACAAAUGGAAGACGGAUCAGCAACAUCUUUUUCAAAAGUUACAGCAUGGAGGAAAGAUUGGAGUCAGUGGAGAUAUGCGAGCUGACUCCCCGGGGCACUCAGCAAAGUAUGGGAGCUACACACUGAUGCACCUAGACAGUAACCACAUUAUUGACCUUCAGCUUGUUCAGAGCAAUGAAGUAGGUGGUAGUUACCACAUGGAGAAGGAGGGUCUUAAACGCUGCCUGGAUCUACUGGAUUCAAACGGUUUGGUGGUGGACUACAUUGUCACCGACCGUCAUCCACAGAUCCAGAAGUAUCUGAGGGAGCGCAGCAUCACCCACUUCUAUGAUGUGUGGCACUUUGAGAAAGGUUUGUCAAAGAAACUUGACAAAGUUGCGCAAAACAAGGACUGUAGGGUGUUGAAGAAGUGGCUGCGUAGCAUCAAAAGCCAUGUCUACUGGAGUGCAACAUCGUCAACAUCAGGGCCAGAGAAGGUAGCCAAGUGGAUGUCGAUUGUCAACCACAUCCAGAACGUGCACUUGUAUGAAAACCCUCUUUUCCCUAAGUGCCAACAUCCUGAUUGAGUGUCAAGGGAUCCAAGUAAAUGGUUUCAACCAGGGUCAAUGGCGCUCUACAAAGUGGAAAAAAAUCCUGGUCAACAAGAGGGUUGUCAAAGAUGUGGAGAAGCUGAGCCACCACUACCAAACAUCAUCCCUGGAGGCUUUCCACAGUUUGAUCCUUCGCUUCACACCCAAGAAUGUGGUUUUCCCUUUCAUGGGCAUGCUUUGCAGGUUGUACCUUGCAGCCAUGCACUACAAUGAAAAUGCAGACCGUGAGCAAGCCACAACAUCUGCAGGACAACCAGUAUUCAAGGUUGUGUUUCCCAAGUCCAGGAAAUGGGAGGUGACUGCGAGGCCAGUAAAAACAGACCCUACAUACACCAGUUCGGGUUACAUGGCUCCCUUGACCUGGAGUGGAGCUUGAGGUCCGCCCCAGUAUGCCAUUACUCGUGGACAGCUAGAAUUCCUCAUCUCAUGUGGAUUCAGACCAUCGCAGAUGGCGGGAAUUUUAAAUGUUUCUCUGAAAACCGUGAAACGGCGCUUAAGACGCUUCAAUCUUUCUCGCUCCACCUCCUAUUCGGACGUAACAGACGUCAACCUGGACGCCAUGAUUCGGGAUCUGGCAGGAGGGAAUGAACAACUUGGACCAGAGUUGGUCCGUGCCCAAUUGAGGGCAGAGGGUGUCCGAAUCCAGAGAAGGAGAGUGAGGGAGAGUAUGGUACGAAUCAACCCAAGAGUGGCUGCCCUUCGUGCGAUGUCACAGAGGCUGCACAGAAGGUCUUACCGGGUGGCGGGACCAAAUUCUCUGUGGCACAUCGAUGGGAAUCAUAAACUGAUAAGAAAACUUCCACCACAUUUUGGCAUUGUGCGAGCAGGACGGUUGCGAACAGCGGCACGGAGGACUCCGUGGGCCUGGAGUCUUGCAAACCAGGAGAUCAACGAUCAGCCUGCCUCUAUACCUCGAAAUAAAAACAUUUUUCAGAGAGAAGGAGGCCAGGACCGCGGGGGACUCCAAGCUGUUUUUCCACUCCGUAAAACGAACAGGAAGAGAUUUCUAGCAGCACGGAGUUUGAAAACCGUGGAUUCAAUUCUGGACAUUCCACCCCCAUAUCUGUCCAAACCCGCCGCACGAAAGAAGAGAGCAGCCACGGUACCGACGACCCGACAGACGAGAGGCGAUCGGGCACGGGAACAGCUCAUCUCACUCCUCCGCCACACUGAUGCAGCCGCGACCGCUGGAUUGCCAGUAUUACAAGGCCUCACAGAGGAAACUGAGGAGGAUGAAGCUGAUGCAUUCCCGAUGAUUCAAGUCCCUACACAAGCAGGGGGAAUAGGCCUGGUGUAUAGGGCUUGGACUGAAUUAGACAUUAGGAAAGCCACAAGCCACCUUCCCCCGUGCAAAAACUCUUUUCUGCCCACUGUUCCAGAAAUACGACGCCUUCUGAUGAUAAACCUGGGGCCUAUGGAGUAUGCAAAGAUCCGACACCUUCUCCCCGAAGACCCGACCGAUGAUCCAGUCCUCCACCAUCCAAAUCUUGCAAAUAGAGCAAAUGAUGACUACAAUGACCUGCUGGAGGACCUCUCCUCCGGCAUAGAAACAGUGUUUCCAGAUAGAAUCGACAUGUCACAUGUGGCAAACACCAAGCAGAAUAAAGGCGAGACGGUGGAGGACUGUCUGAGACUUUUGAUAGACACAGCGGCAUUGCUCGCACCACUGCCGCCGGAGCAGUGGUUGAACUUUGGGAAGCUCAUUUCAAAAACGUGUUUUUGAGUGGGCUGCUCCCUGACAUUCGAGCUGAAGUGGACAAGACCUGCAUUGGACUGCCCGAUUCAGCUCUGAUGGAGAUUGUUAGACAUUCUGAGAAAAUCCUGACCAGCAGAAGAGACAAGACGGAGAAGAAAAGACAACAGAACAGUGAUGCUGCACAGUUAACCCUCAUAAAAACUGUGGCAGCAAUGUUUCAAGAAAGAAAGGGUGUGGGCAGAGGAAAAGGCAGAGGAAACAGAGGCAGGGGCCGUGGCAACAUUCCGGUAGUGGAUAAAGACACUUGCUACAACUGUGGCGAGAGAGCAUUGGGCCUAUGAAUGUCCCCACCCCAAGAAGGACUCGUCUAAGGGACAGCGCAACGACCCUCAGCAGUUUGCAGAUUGACAGGCGGUGGGGGAUGGAGCUGGGUGUGGAAUGGACAGACAGGACGACACGAUUGCGUCUGUUGAGGAGGGUAACAUGCACACACACACAGAUACACAUGCUUGCAAUGAAGACAUGCUUUCCUGCAUACCACAAACACCUACACCUCCCCCUAACGAUAGGCAAAACAUAUUAGAUGCAAUACAGCAUAUAGAACAGAAGGAAUUGGCAGAGAAUAUGCCUAUUUAUGCUAUGUAUUCAUCAGAUGUGUAUAAAAAACAGUGUUGACAAUACAGGGGAGGGAAAUAGAAUUCUUGGUUGAUUCAGGGGCUACAAAUUCAGUUUUGAAAAAAUCAUUGUUUCCUAAACAAAAACUUUCUGGUAGAGUAAUUCUUUCUCGAAGUGCGAGUGGUAUGGUAUUGCCAGAAAAAUUUACUGCUCCAAUGACUUGUGUGCACACAGAUCCUACAGAUCCAGACCCAGAUAGAAGAGCAAAAUGCUCAUUUUUGCUCUCACCUGUGUGCCCUGUAAAUUUAUUAGGCAGUGAUGUGUGUUUUUGGUAUAGGGGUAAUUCCUGGCCUCAGGGUUGUGCGUUUUGAUAAAAAUCAUCUUUUUUCCUGACAUGUUUUCGUUAAAAUCGAAAAGCACACACUCUUUCACAUUUCUAUGGGACAUUAACCUUUGUCAGGCUAUCGACCUCCUGACAGAAGCACAACAACUAGUGUCACCAUUAGCAGUGCUAAGAACACCACAACAAAUGCAUUGUAUCUCUCUUGUCUCCCCAACUCCAGACGAAGAAUAUGUUGACAAAUUCCUUGACCAGUCCAAGGACGAGCUUGAGUUGUCUUCCGUCUACUGGCACACGUGCGCAGUGACGGUAGCCUUGACUGAUAAACAGAAAGUUCUUCAGAAUUCCUAACUCUGUAGCUCAUAUUUUUCUCUCUUUGUCUCCAACAGACCAGGGGACAGACCCAGGACACUUUGUCAUGACCUGUGAGAAACUGACUGACUGGACUGACACGGCUGAUGACUGUAUUUCAUAUUCUCCCUCAACAGGAAAUUAUAGAAAACUUUUAUCAUGGCACAUGCCCUGUAUCCGCAGUAUCUAUAUAUUGAGUGAAACUGCGCCUACAACAGACACAUUUUUGCACGGUAAAAACGACAUUUUACCUACAGACGUCUCACCACUUUUAGCCAAAGUGCCAACACACCUUUGGGCGACACACAAAUAUGACGUGGGGUUGAUUAAAAACUGUCAACCUGUCGUCAUAAUACCACGUUCGGACUAUAGACCACAGAAACAUCAGUAUCCGUUAAAACAGGAAGCUAUUGAUGGAAUCCGACCCGUUUUUAACUCCUUAUUGGCUACAGGAGUUAUAAUUCCGUGUCCAGAUUCUCCUGUUAGAACACAGAUUUUUCCUGUAAAGAAAAUACGGCCAAAAGGCAUUCCGACGGAAUGGCGUUUCGUCCAGGACUUGAAAGCUGUCAAUGCAGCUGUUCAUGCGCGCGCACCAAAUGUGCCAAAUCCAUACACAAUCCUACAGGGAAUUAAUUCAAUUCAAUUUUAUUUAUAGUAUCAAAUCAUAACAUAAGUUAUCUCGAGACACUUUACAGAUAGAGUAGGUCUAGACCACACUCU